CUAUUCAUGCCUGCCUUGUACUGUUGAUACGGUUAGCAUGGCAGCUUGUCUCUUCACGUUAGCUAGUUAGCUAAAUGACUUCGAAUAGUUGACACAGUCGUCCAGAAUAAAUAGUUUACCGUGCAAUGUUAUUCAGCUAUGGGAUUCAACCAGUUACGCUGGUAUUUAACAACUCCAAAAACUGCUUUCUCCACCUGUCACCUAACUUAGUCUCUCAACUCUGCCUCAGAGAGAGUCAGGUGUUGGAGUUGUCCUGGGCUGAUGGUGAUAAACCUCUGUUCUUAAGCUGGAUCAGAGGUGCUAACACAUUAUGUUCAGGGCAGGAGGACAGGGUGGAGCUCAGCAGACAGCUGGGAGAGAAGCUCGGAUUACUUGAAGGAACACAGGGCUUCCUUAGGCCAUGUGUUCAGGUGCAUUCAGUGCAGCAGGUGUUUGUUGAGCCUCUCUCUUCUGAUGACUGGGAAAUCUUGGAACUUCACUGCUUGGCUCUCGAACAGCAACUUUUAGACCAAAUCCGAGUGGUUUUCAGGGAUGCAGUGUUCCCUGUGUGGGUGGACCAAUACACUGUCAUCUACAUUAGGAUAGUAUCCUUCUCUCCUUCUGUCUCAUUUGGCCGAUUGGAGCAGUUCACUGAGUUGGUGGUCUCCCCCAAACUUCGACCUGGAGGCACACAAUUUCCUCAUGUUCCCCCAGACAUGGAACCAAAGAACCAACUUCUGCAAAGGCAGCAGAACACUGACCUCACAUCCUCCUCUCUUGGAGCUGACUCUCUUCCCCAAUCCCUUACAGAUCAGCCAGCUUGCAGUCAGAGUCAUCGGGGUGGAAUGGCUGAUCUGAGGAGUCUGUUAAAGUACUUGUUUUUGGGAAAAUAUGAGCCUGCCAAGGAUAUUCCUGAAGUUCCUAUAAUCCCUGCUGUCUUCCAAGGUUGUGUUCUUCGGGUGUGUGGAUCGCCGCCAGCAGUGAUCAGUCAUCUCAGUUCAAGUCAUGGAGGUGUUCAUGUUUUCCCAUGGCACCAGUCAGACUGUUUGAGUACAGCACAGCCUGUAUUAACCUAUGGCAGACUUUCAAAGAUUCCCUCUCCUAAAGAAGUGAAGGAGCAAGCCAAACAAGCGAUGGACAAGAAAAAGAGCAGUGGAUCUCAGACAGAUACAGAUACACAGGAACAAGCAGAAGAGUCUAUGGUGGUUAGGAUGAUUUGCCACAAUAGAGAGAAUCUGCAGUUGAACCAGAGAUCCUGUAAACUGGGAGACCUUUACAGUGGGAGGAUUUGGAUCCCAAGCAGAUUACGAGACAGGUUGAGCAUCGACACACACUCUGCUGUGAAAGUCUGUCCUAUGACAUGUACCCCUAAAGUAGCACUAGCCGUUUCACUCCAGCCUGUACGUACAUUGGCUGAUGGUGAGAUUGAGAGUGAGGAAGAUGUUCAGUCAGCUUUCCUUAGCUGGCUUCAUGCUCUGAGCCAUCAGCCUUUAGCUUGUCUCACGGCAAGGGCCGACCUCAUCGUCCUGCAAUGCACUGAAGGAAAGUCUGAGUUUCUCUUGACUGUACUGAAACCUGAAGCUGAGCCAAAGCAAGUGGAUGAGAUUUUUCUCUUAUCUCCUGGAGCUUUAUACAAAGCAGACAUUCAGAUUAUCAAGGAGCCUCAUGUGUCGAACCAUACAGUGGCACACACUGCAGACAGGUCACCUUUCGCUGGCUUUCCUUCCCUCAGCACACUUGGUGGCAUGGGGGACAUCAGUAUAUGUGCUUUUGAGCACAUCUCGCACAGUCUGAUGGGAGGUCCACUAUCACGUGAGCUAGUAUCCAGUGGCUGUGGCCUGCAGAGUGGAGCUCUGCUCAUCACGGGAGCCAAGGGCAGUGGUAAGACUUCUCUAGCUAAGGCUCUCUGCAUGAAAGCUGUGGAAGAGCUGGAUGCCCACAUUGAGGUAGUGGACUCCAAGAAACUUAAAGGUAAAAGAGCAGACACUGUGAGGCAGAGACUGGAAGAGGUUUUUGAGCAGGCUGUGUGGAGACAGCCGUCAGUGAUCCUGUUGGAUGACCUCGAUCACAUGGCCGGAGCAGCCACCACACCUGAGCAGGAGCAGGGCACGGAGGCAGUGCUGCAUCACCACAUCGCACAGAGCCUUAAGGAUUUAGUAGAUGAAGUGGUGGGACGCUCCAGUUUGGUGAUUCUGCUGGUCACAGCACAAAAUGAACACCGUCUUCAUCCAGUGCUGACUGAAGUACAGGGUUCACACUUCUUUCAGAGCUUUUGUAAGAUCGAGACACCAACUCAGAUGCAGAGAAUGGACAUCUUGAGGUCACUAAUGUCCUGUAAAAACAUCAUAUCCGGAGACUCAGACAUUCUUGAUCUGACUGACGUUGCCAUGAAAACCGAGGGCUAUCUUCCACGCGAUCUGAACCUUUUACUUGACCGAGCCAUCCACGCCAGUGCUGUACACCAUAGAGACAACAGCAACACUCAAGGGUUGUGUUUGAGCAGUGCAGACUUGCAUCACGCUCUGCAGGAUUUCACACCUCCGUCCCUGUGGGGGGUACAGCUGCAGGUGCCCAGCGUUGCAGGGAUGAAGCAGGUGGGUGGGCUUCAUCAAGCACGCCAGCUUCUUAUGGACACCAUCCUACUGCCUGCCAAGUACCCGCUGCUCUUCUCCAGUCUGCCAAUUCGCCAUCGCUCUGGGGUGCUGCUCUAUGGAGCGCCUGGCACAGGGAAAACCCUACUGGCUGGAGCUGUUGCCAAGGAGAGUGGCAUGAACUUCAUCAGCAUUAAGGGACCGGAGCUGCUCAGCAAGUACAUUGGUGCCAGUGAGCAGGCUGUGAGGGAUGUGUUUCAGAGAGCACAAGCAGCUAAGCCCUGUAUUCUUUUUUUUGAUGAGUUUGACUCCCUUGCACCACGCAGAGGACACGACAGCACAGGGGUCACUGACCGAGUGGUAAACCAACUGCUCACACAGCUGGAUGGAGUAGAGGGGCUGCAGGGCGUGUACGUGUUGGCAGCCACCAGUCGCCCGGACCUGAUCGACCCAGCGCUGCUGAGGCCUGGACGGCUGGACAAGACCCUGUACUGCCCUCCUCCAGACCGGGAAGCCAGACUGGAGAUCCUAAAGGCGCUGACUCACAAUGUGCCACUGGCUGCAGAUGUGGACUUGGAGCAGAUCGCUGUAGCCACUGAGCUGUACACAGGAGCUGACCUGAAAGGCCUGUUAUACAAUGCUCAGCUGGAGGCCAUUCACAGCAGUCUGGGACCUAGCAUGUUGGCUGAGUUGGGCUCAGGAUCAGACAGUGAAGUAAGCGUAUCAUCGCUGAUCUUCCUGAACCAAAGCAGUGGCUCUGAUGACUCUGCAGGAGAGACUGAGGCUGGUAUAGAGACUUCUGCAAUGGCACUAGAGCACAGUGAGAUUCCCACUGAAGACUUAAACCACAAUAUAUGGCGCCUCUACUUUGGCAGCUCAUUUGAAUUGGAGCUCGGUCACCAUUCACCUUCUGAGCUGAAUUCCCAGUGCAUGUCUGUCCCCAACUCCACCACACACGAGCUGACCGGUGCAUCAGUGAGAGACCUGACUUUCCUCCGGGGCCCAGUGCUCAUGUCCUCUGUGCAGCAAGGCUUCCAGGAGCUGAACUCUGAGCAAUCUGAGCGUCUCCGAGCUGAUCUCAACACCAUCAAAAGCAGCUAUCACAGGAGCCCAGAGGACUCCAGUUUGGGACAGACAGGACCUGUUAAACCUGCAGUCCUGAUAUGUCAGUCUCACCUCAUGUCAGCACUGGCUAACACUAGAGCCUCUAUCAGUAGACAGGACUGGAGGAGGUAUACUGAUCUCUAUGAGUCAUUUGGGGCUUUGAGAGAAGGCAAGUCUCAGAACGCUGUGUUGUUUACACCAGGUCAGCGAGUGACGCUGGCUUAAUGAGGACUGGACACAGCACAGACCACACACAGCAUAUUUACUACUUGUUAACUAAAGAUGGUGAAUGUUUGACUUCAAAUAAGUGACAAAGUCACCUAAUUUUUGCUUAGAUAAGGUAUUAACAUCUAAAUUACAUGUAAAUACUUUUUAUAGGUCUUUGAUUUAAGAUAACUAUAGAUUUUAAUUAUUGUAAUAUAUUUCAGAAAUGCUUAAGGGGUUUCACAAGUAUAUAUUCACAGAACUGGUGUGUAAAAAAAAAUCCUCUACCUUAAUUAAAUUAAUAUUGAUUUACUGUUUUGUUUUUUUUUUGAUAAUGAUCUAUUUUUACACACAGUAAUCUGCCUAAGGAAAAACAUCAAUCAAAUCUUGGCAUGUUGUUUACAGAAUUGUCCUCUGUCUGCUUACUUAAGCAAAAUCAUUUGCUAAAUAAACCAGGAUUUGUUCACCUUCCCAAA